UUCACGGAUUCAGGGCUUCAGUUAAUCAGUGACCACUUGGACAAUCUGGAGGUCCUGAACCUCUGUGAGACGUUGGUCACUAGCCAAGGCAUACUAUGCCUUGCUUCUCUGAAAAAUUUGCGAAUAGUCAACUUGAACAGCACGGCCGUCUCAUUGAGUGACUAUGAGAAGCUCAAAGAAUUGUUGCCUAACUUGACUGACGUUGACGUCAAGUAUACAGAUGCAGAUCUAUCUUGCUAG